UGGGCUCAGAGGGGUGGGACUCGGGGUACUUUUAGAAGAGGGGUCUAGUUUCUUAAAAAAACAGCAUCAGUUCUGCAGCUACCAGAUACAUGAGACUGAUUGUUGAUGGUCUGAAGCUGGAUUCUUCAUUGGAUGUUGCACAGAAUGGACCUCACCCAGGAACACUCGAGGUGUCACAGACGUGACAGUGCAGCCGCCGUCCCUCAGUUCUGUAACUGUCCGACCAUGAUCGUGAUGGUGGGACUACCUGCCAGAGGGAAGACCUAUAUCUCCAAGAAGCUGGCUCGAUACCUGAACUGGAUCGGGGUUCCUACGAAAGUGUUUAAUGUGGGCCAGUACCGAAGGGAGGCGGUCAAGUUCUAUAAGAACUUUGAGUUUUUCAAUCCUGAAAAUGAGGAGGCCAUGAGGAUCCGCAAGGCCUGUGCAGCAGCUGCUCUCAAAGAUGUAGCUGCUUACUUCACAAAGGACCAGGGCCAAGUAGCAGUUUUUGAUGCUACUAACACCACCAGGGAGAGGAGGGCGAUCAUUCUAAACUUUGCCAAGGAGAGAGGGUACAAGGUGUUCUUUGUGGAGUCAAUUUGUGACGACCCUGAAAUCAUCACAGAGAAUAUUAAGCAAGUGAAAUUCGGGAGCCCAGAUUACGUGGAUCGCGAUAUAGAUGAAGCCAUGCAGGACUUCACCAAGCGGAUUGACUGUUACAGGUCAAGCUACGUGCCAAUAGAUGAUGAAGCAGACAGGAAUCUCUCCUAUAUCAAGAUCUUCAAUGUGGGCAUGAGAUAUUUGGUGAAUUUGAUCCAAGACCAUAUUCAGAGCAGGAUAGUCUACUACCUUAUGAACAUCCACGUAACUCCACGAUCCAUCUACCUGAGCCGCCACGGAGAGAGCAAACUCAAUCUACUGGGCCGCAUUGGUGGAGAUUCUGGCCUGUCCCCCAGGGGUCAUAUGUAUGCCGUAGCUUUGGCGGCUUUUCUCAACAGUCAGAAAAUCAAGGACCUGAAGGUUUGGACGAGCCACAUGAAGAGGACGAUACAGACUGCAGAGCCUCUGGGAGUCAUGUACGAACAGUGGAAGGCCCUCAAUGAGAUAGAUGCUGGUGUUUGUGAGGAGCUAACAUAUGAGGAGAUUCAAGAGAACCUCCCAGAAGAGUUUGCACUAAGAGACCAGGACAAGUAUCGUUAUCGUUACCCAAAGGGUGAAUCCUACGAGGACCUUGUCCAUCGUUUGGAGCCCGUCAUCAUGGAGCUGGAACGGCAGGAAAACGUUCUGGUAAUCUGUCACCAGGCUGUGAUGCGCUGCCUGCUGGCCUACUUUCUAGACAAAUCUGCAGACGAGCUGCCUUACCUACGAUGCCCCCUUCAUACGGUGCUCAAGCUCACACCGAUAGCCUACGGAUGUAAAGUUGAGUCGUUUUUCCUCAAUAUUGACGCAGUCAACACCCACAGAGAACGACCUCUGAAUGUUGACAUCGCUAGAAAACCAGAAGAAGCCCUGCAAACAGUCCCGGAUCACAAAUAAAUACUGUUCAGGGAGACCUGGAUUAUGUGAACUAAGCUCUUGGCUUCAUUAUGUAGCAGUGUUGGAAAUCAAAACUUAGGAUGUCCUGGAGGCAGAAGAGGAAGGAGAGAAAAAAAUCACAAAGGAAACAAGCGUCUGCUUAUAAAAGCAUAGAUGGACUCGUCCUGCAGUGACUGAAGCUUGACUGUUCUUGCUGUUUUCAGCAUUUCUGUGCAGUGUUUUACAGUAUCACUUGACUGUAAUUUCUCAGCAUUUUAAAGUGUAAUGUUUUAAAAUUAUGGUGAAGUUGUCAUUAUAUGAACUUGGUCUUUAAAUGCUCUUGCAACUGCUGUAUUGAUACAAUAACAAAGGCCGGUGGUCAUGUGCACAUUACCAAUUGAAAUGACCUAAAUGUGA